AUUGAGGCUUGUCUCGCACGCUAUACUAGAAACGUCUGGGUGGAUUGGAAGGAAAACACGUUUGACACGGUUGAGUUGGUCAUAUAUGCAUCUGCCAGACAAUCCUUCCCGUAAGGAUCAAAAGGCAAGAAAGCCGCCACGCGAGGGAUGAAUUGCAACGAUGAAGUCACGACGGUCGACGUGGCCGCACGUCGCCCGGGCGGCAGCAAUGGUGACCACAGUGGUGGCGGUAGCGGGAGCGAAGACGAUUUGAAUCUGUACACUUUCAUCGACCGCGAUCAGGUCCAUGGGCUCAACCUGGCCGACCCGCCAGAGCAGACAGCGAAGGCGCCCAUCAAGCCGUGGGAUCGGCGCGACGACACAUCCGCGUAUGCCGAGAGCGGCGUCGAUGACACGUUCAUCCUCACCGUGCCGUUCACCUGUGCAGUCAGGCUCAAGAGUGUCUUGCUCAAUCCUGGCAUCGGAGAUUUCGCACCACGGCGGGUACGAGCAUAUGUCAACCGACCAGAUGGCGUCGACUUUGACGACGUAACAAUCUCUUAUUCUUUUUCUUCUUCCUCCUUGUCGACUAGAGCCGCAGGACCAGCGGCAGGGCCAGCGGCUUUACCGGCACCAUCAAUAGAAACAGGCAUGGCAGGCGUAUUUGUAGCGCCGAUGGCACGCGCGCCCGCUUCUGCAGUUGGCAACGUCGGCAGCGGGAAGCCACAGGCGGAUUUCGCGCUGCUUGAGGGGACGCCAGGCGUCGUCGAGUAUCCGCUGCCUAUUGCUCGAUUUGCAAACACAAACAGCGUUAGCAUAGUUUUUUCCCAUUCACAAGCAGGCGACCUCUCGCGGCUCUACUACCUCGGCUUCCGCGGGACGGCGCUGCAGCUCAAGCAAGAGCCGGGCGAGAAGCUGGACAUCGGCGCUGCCAACGCUGCGGACGCGCCCGUGAACAGCGUGCGGGAGCGGUACGGCGCUGCGCAGAACACCAAUGUACGAUAAUAAACAUGAAAAUCAAACGCAGGUGCGAUCG